AUGCAGGCCUCCCUUCCGUCCUGGAAGGACACUGCUGCGCUUUCCAAGAAACACCUUCAGAUGCCAUGGCGGUCAAUACAACUUCUAGUACCUCAUAGACUACGGCGCAAGCUUAGAUCGAAACUACGGAAUCGACAAUCCGCUGCAUCGUCCAUCGCAAACCUCCAGACUUCAUUUUCUCCUGCCGAUACACUCCGCGCCCUCCAGAACCACAAAUGGUCAAUAUAUGAUGGACAAUGGCUGUUACUGGCUGUGGUGGGAAUCUUCUCCUUGAGCAUCAUUGAAUCUCCUGGUCCUUUGGUCAAAACCGCAGUGGCAACACUUCUUCUCACUUCGUGGAUUUUCCCCAUCACUCGACAAUUCUUCCGACCUUUCAUGCCGAUAGCGGCGUAUCUCAUUUUCUUCUACGCUUGCAGAUUCAUACCCGCUGAAUGGCGACCUCCUAUCUGGGUCAAGGUUCUGCCAGCCCUUGAGAAUAUCUUGUAUGGCGCCAACCUGAGUAACAUACUCUCCGCGCAUAAAAGUACCGCCCUCGAUCUGCUGGCAUGGUUUCCAUACGGACUCGGCCAUUUCGGAGCACCAUUUGUGUGCUCUGCGAUCAUGUUCAUAUAUGCGCCACCGACAACGGUCACGGUCUUCGGAUUUACCUUCGGCUACAUGAACCUCUUGGGAGUCGUUACCCAAGUUCUGCUCCCUUGUUCCGCGCCCUGGUAUGAGAACAUGUAUGGGUUGGCUCCAGCAAACUACUCGAUAAAGGGCUCGCCAGCUGGUCUGGCGCGUAUCGACGCUUUUCUGGGUUUCGACAUGUACACUUCUGGAUUCACGGCGUCGCCGAUGGUCUUCGGUGCAUUUCCAUCUCUCCAUGCGGCAACAUCAACUUUAGAAGCAUUGUUCAUGAGCCACGUCUUUCCUAAACUGACGCCGCUCUUUUCGGUUUACGUCAUGUGGUUGUGGUGGGCGACCAUGUAUCUGUCGCAUCAUUACGCGGUCGACUUGGUUGCAGGCAGUCUGCUAGCGGGUGUUGUCUUUUAUUUCGCAAAGGCCAAAUUCCUUCCACGGUUGCAGCCAGACAAAAAUUACCGUUGGGACUACGACUUUGUGGAGAUUGGGGAAGCGCACAACACCUACCGUUAUGGUCUUGCUGGUAUUGACGGUAGCCACCCUGACAGCGACGAGUGGACGAUCGGAUCUUCAUCUUCCGUCUCAUCAGGCUCCCUGAGUCCAACCGAGGAAGGCCAAAACCUCUGGACGGAAGCUUACUCAAACCACGAAAGAUGA